AAGUAAGUAGCGCAUGCGUGGCGGCCAUUUUUCUACCGAGUUUAGACCAGGAGAGUCUUGGACUUUGAUAACAAAAGACUGCAGAAAAUAUUGCCAAAAAUGAGUCCUGAUAGGGAUACCCAAGAAUCAGAGGACGUUUUAGAGUCGAUAGAUGAAUUAAAAGAACGGUUGUCAUCUAUGAAACGAAUGAUGGAAGAAAGGAAGGCCGUGGGAUCAGGUACUAAGGACCUGUUCCAAGGACAGGCAAGGAGUCUCCAAGGAACAACGAUGAUUGAUGGAAAUUUCCUCAGCUUCGUCUUCGGCGGUUCCUUAUUCGUAAUCUUGAGUGUGUCUGUUUACGCUUUUUACAACUUAUACCACGCUGUUUUAAAGAAAUUCCCUUCGACACACACGGAAUUGUAAAUUGGACCUUAAUUCUUAGUAUUUAAGCUUUAAAUCGCAAUGAUAAUUAUAUUAUAUUAUUUCUUGGAGUUUUGAGAUUUCCUAACGAUAUCAAUGGCGUUGAGUGUUAAAAUUAUGAUGCCAAUAAAAUGUUAUCAGUUCAUUUUGUGAAA